AUGGACAUUAAAUACGAAAACGUUUUGCCUCCUCAUAACAAUACUUUCGAUCCUUCUCAUAAAUAUGACCAUUUAAAUGAAAUAGGAAGGGGUUCGUUCGCAAAAGUAUAUCGUGUUAUAAACCGAGAGACCGGAUGUAUAUAUGCUUUGAAAGAGAUGCGGGUGGGCAACACAAUAGCCUCUGAGACCUUAAAUGGAUUAUGGCGGGAAGUUGAAAUAAUGAAAAAUUUGCAUCAUCCAUAUGUAAUUUCGUUGAUUGACUGCUAUAAAAAACCAGAUAAAUUAUGGUUAAUUCUCGAGUAUCUUGACGGUGGUAGUAUUAUGUCCUUUAUUGAGCAAAACGAGGGCCAAUAUCACGCAAUUGCAUACAGAACACGCUGCCAGUUGUUUGCGAGGCAAAUUUGCGAGGCAUUCGCAUAUCUGCACGGGGAAAAUAUCAUACAUCGAGAUAUUCAACCUAAGAAUAUCAUGAUAACGGAUCGAAAUCAAAAUAAAAUUAAAAUUAUCGACUUUGGACUUGCCAAAAAAUACUCGGAUGAUGUUAAUGAGGGGAAGAAUCACGAUGUGGGCACGGCGACAUAUCGAGCACCUGAAUUAAAUACUAAAAAUUAUAACUAUGCAGUAGAUAUGUGGUCUUUUGGUGCUGUUUUAUAUCAUAUGCUAAAUGGGGUACCACCUUUCCCGGGUCAAUCGGCGUCUCAUAUACUUGAUCAUAUUCUACAUAAUGAAGCCGAUUAUUCAAAAUUGGAAAAAAGCCGACAGUUUCAUGCGGUGGAUCUCUUAAAAAAUCUUUUAGUUAUAAAUCAGAAUUCUCGAAUCACUGCUAUUCAGGCUCUUGAUUAUGAUUAUUUAAGGGAAGCAUAUAAUGGCGAAUAUUUAACGACCUCACCUUGGGAUAUAGAAGACACUCAGCCAUUAUCGCACCAUUUAGAAAAAUUUGGGCUGCCUAGCUCAAUAUCUAAGAACAAAGUAUCUUCAGGUAAUAUAUGGGGAAUACUUCAACCCGUUGAACCAGAAUUACAAAUAUCCAAAACACCUAUUAUCUGUCUCCAAGAUUCGUGCUAUAUAUUAGGGCGUGGUCAUGAAUGCUCGCCGAUAUUAACUUUCUCAGCUCAUCUCGCCCUUAGUAAUGAACAUGCAUUGAUAUAUUAUAACGAUGAGCAAGCCUACCUUCGAGAUAUUUCACGAAAUGGAAUAUGGAUGCAAGGAGGUCGCAUUCCAAAAAAUACUGAUAUACCGUUGUACGGGGGCGAAACUAUAUAUUUUGUAAAGAUACAAAAAAAAACUGCAGAAAAUUUGAAAAAUUUCAUCUGUCGGUUUUUUUAUCAAGGUCGAACUCCAACUUAUAAACGUUUCGUAGAAGUGAGACAUUAG